UUACAAGAAACUACGCGUUAAUUGUCACGUGACUACAACAAUGCCAAAAAUUUUGGUCUUAAAAAAUUAGAGUCGGUUUGUUUAUGAGUGCUUAAAUAAAGUGUUUGAUGUCGUUUCACAUAUUUUGCAAAUUGCUUUAUUUAUACAACAUGAUGAUAGAUGAGUUUUAAUGUUUUAUCACUAUUUUCUCCUUUUUUUAAUAAUAUUUUUUAUCAAGAAGGAUAAAAACAUAUUUAGCAACGUUUGAAUUACUAGUGUUAAUACAAUCCACUCGGAAAACCACCUUCUAACCACACCUCAUCACUCAUACCGACCGUCUGUCGAGCGAGUCUAUGAGCUACAUUUUUACGUUCAUGGUAACAAAAAUUAAAGGAACAAAAAUCCGCAGCCCAUUGAAAGGCUUUAAUCUCACAAUGUUCAACCUCAAAGUUACCCCACAGCGUUGGAGAGGCCGCAAGUACCACGACUCCACUCUCGUCUCUAACCAAGAAAAUAUGUUUCACAGGCCAACUCUUUGAAUUUUGUGUUCACUUUGCAAUUCUCCAAUCACACAUUUCAUUGGAGUUUACUAUCAGACGCUGAUUGCUGAAAAGUUUCAUGGUCCGAAGAAUAAUUUACAAGAGAAAAUUUGGCUAUUCCAAAGGAACCAUGCACUUCUUCUCAUGUCGUCUUCCUAAGUUUAGAAGCACUGUAUUUUCUGGUGUGCUGUUUUCAUAGAAAAAAGUUUAUAUUGAACUUUUCAAAGAGAAUUGCAAAUGCCAGGUGACUGCAGUAACUUCUUCUCAUGUCGUCUUCCUAAGUUUAGAAGCACUGUAUUUUCUGGUGUGCUGUUUUCAUAGAAAAAAGUUUAUAUUGAACUUUUCAAAGAGAAUUGCAAAUGCCAGGUGACUGCAGUAACUUCUUCUCAUGUCGUCUUCCUAAGUUUAGAAGCACUGUAUUUUCUGGUGUGCUGUUUUCAUAGAAAAAAGUUUAUAUUGAACUUUUCAAAGAGAAUUGCAAAUGCCAGGUGACUGCAGUAAUCUUUGCCCAAAGGUUUGUAAGCCAAGAGUUGCAGUUGUACCAUGAGAAUGGCUGGAACGCUUGCAUAUUAAUGACUCUUAGUUCGUGGUGUGACAUUCCUAUGAAUACCCUACAUCAAGAAGGCGUUUAUUCAUAGUAUGUGUUUAUGGCAUGAAAGAGAGAUUCAUCAUAAACUUUUUGGAAUCCGUAUCUUUCCGUGGUUUAUUUCAUCUAAACACUUCUUUUUUCUGAAAAAUGAAAUAUUAACAAAAACCCUGUUUAAUCAGUAAAAUUCUAUUUGCAAAGUGGCUGAGAGUUAUGUAUAACUGUCAAGUUUAUGUUAGACAAUCGUGAUGGCAGGUUAUUAUCUUCCUCAGAAGUCAGGUGGUUAAAAUGUUAUCUGAUGAGUUGUAAAGCUAUUCUUAUCACGGUUUAGUAUUGGUUUGCUUAAGGGGUCUCUUUUGUCCAUUCUCUAGUCUCCACUAAUGCAUAUAAAAGGAUCUUCCCUCCUUUAUCUUUACGCUCCCCUCCCUUCUCAUAUUCUAGGGUUCACGCAAACACCUUGGCUUCCUGUGGACUGUGAUUAGUUUUUGUCAAUUAGAUAUCCAACAUCUUACCAGCCAAAGAAAGAAAAUGCCGCUAAUCAUACAGGUUACCCGAAUAUACUAGUUUUUAUUUGGAUUUCAUAGGUAGUUAUGUACAAAUCUUGUUUAUUCCCAAUAUUUUGGAAUUAAGACUCUGACACUGUUGUUUGUUGUUUUUUAUAAUAUCUCUUUUGGAGCGUCCUAUCUUAUUUUAGCUUGUUGCAUGACUUGCCAAGUUUGUUUUAAGGCUUACCUUUAUGUAUGGCGUCAUCUUUAUAGGAUGUGUUAUUUCUCAGAGUUGAUUAAAGACAUUUGCCUUACCUUUUGUAAUGAGUAGAAACGCUAAAAUCAAACAUAAUUAAAUAUUCCAUAUUUGACGUGAACGUUUUGUUAGAUAUCUAAUGAAAACAUUUGGAAAGUAAAACUUUUGGGGGAAAUUUUCAGAAAUAAAUAUUUCAAUUACUACGUGUCUAAGAUUUUGACAUAGGUGGAGUUCUUUUGUACAAAACUUCAAGUAUAUUUAUUUAUGCGAGCUAAAUGUCCCACUAAGGUAAAAGAGAAAAGUUGUUGGUUGGAUGUUUGGCAAAAAGUUUAUUAUAGGAAGAUGGAGGUAGGCUAGAUACGUCUACUUAGAUUUUUGAGGAGACAUAUUGAAGUGAAUGAUGAAAUGCAAAAUGAAGAAUAAGGUGUUUUAGAGUGGCAGAUUAUGAAGACAAGAUGAAAGAAAAUUGUUUACGUUGUUUGGUUAUGUACAAACUACAAAAAUGACCUGAAACUGCACUAUUCAGAGAAAUGGAAAGUUGGAUUUCUGGGGAUCUGGAAGACCAUAAGAGGUACAUUGAAAAUGAUUUGUUUUAUAGGUUAUUACAUGAAAAAUUGGGAUUUGCAAACACAUAUGAUAACAUAUAGAGUGAAUAGAGGAGAGUGUAGAUGGACUAUCUUGGUAUUAAUCCUUUUUAGCUCUUGCAGAUAUGUGUUCAAUAGGGUGGAAAAGACGCAUUAUUACCAAAGAUAUGUCAUAUUGAUUUGCUUUUGUUCAUGAAACCGUCCAUGUAUUUUGGAAUUAAGACUUUUGCAUUGUUUAAUUAUCCUCCUCCCCAUCUUUCCGUGCAUUUCCCUACUAGUAAGCUGGAGCAGAUUUCAUUGCCCGAGGAGAUUAGUUUUUUUCUUUUAUUUAUUUAUUUUUUUGAGAUGCUUCCUGCGAUUUUUCGAUGUAAUUGUAGUAGGACACACGUUGAUUUAGGGCGCCAUUUGAUGGAAAGAUAGAAAGCAUAUAGGGCUCAUGUGUGGAGGACAAAGUUAGAGAAGACACUUGCUAUCCUUCCUAUGAUUCAAAGUGAUAUACCCCUUUACUUUAGCAAAGAGGUAGUAGGACAUGUCGAGAGCUAGAGAAAAAAGAAAAAUUUAGGGAGAAACAGACGGAGAGAGAAUGGAGAAAAAAAUUAUGAUGAAUUUAAGAAAAAAUGACGGCACAUCAAUUUGGAAUGUAGUGAUGGAAUAAAUAUAAUCAUUAUUAGAUAUAGAGAGUACACUGUAAUAGUGUUGAAUUGAAAAUUUUAUUGGAGGGAAAAAAAUUAAUUAGGGUGGGAAAUAGAAAACAUUGAAAAUUUUAAGUGUGGGAAAUAGUCCUAAUUUUUUUUCCAUUAAUUUAAUUCUUUUACUUGGGAUUUAAAUUAAUUUUUUGGGGUAGGGAAUGGAUGGUAUGCUAUAAUAUCUGAAAUCCAAUAAAAUCAAUUGUUUAAGGAAAGAUAUUAGGAUGGGGGUGAAGUAAUAUCCUUGUAAAAAAGAUUUUAUUUGUAAAAUCUGACUAGGUAUCUUAUUCUGGUUUUUUACAUUAAUUAGUUUUCUGAGGUCUAAGCUUUUUAACCCCUCCAAUAAUGUUUGCUGAAUAGCACUUUUACUUGCACCGGUGUGACCUCACAUAUACUUCUCACACCUCUCUUUGGUAUAUGUCUCUUUUAUUUUUAUUUUAUUUUGCUUAAUUGAAUUUGUUUAGUGAAUCUUUGAUGGUGGAUUUUAACAUGUUCUUCAAAAUGUGAUUUUUUUUUUUCUAUUUACCAUGGGGAAAAAUCAUCCUUUUGUGUUAUUUGAAAUUUAAUUAAAUGUUGCUCAUCAAAUGGUUGGUACUUGGUUUUAUGAAUACUAGGGUUCAUUUUAAUUUUAAUGUAUUACUCUCUUUGAAGUAUUUUCUAUCUUUUUUAUGCCUUUUCUUGAAUCAAGAUGAUUUUAUGAAUCUAUUAUCAAUUUUACUUGUUAUCACCAUAUCUUUGCGAGAGGGAAGCAUUUGAUGUUAUUAUGCCCGGGAUUUUGAAAUGUAGAGAUGGAUUCUUUUUACUCAUGAACCGUGAAAGAUGUGUUGCAUAAAUACAUUUUUGUAUAGACAGUAGACUCUUUAGAUCUACCACAAAUAUGAAUUAAUGGAUGUUCUGGUUUCAAAAUGGUACUAUUUGGCAGUUGCUUCUGUUUCAUUUUUGUGUCAAUAAUAUGGAAAGGAGAUCUCUAUCAAACCAACAGAGCUACCCAUUGUUGGGCAUCAUAAUCAUCAUCAUUAUUAUUUAACUUCUCUAGUGCGAUCUUCUGCUAAUCCUUCAAGUACUUUCUGCUGAAUAGAACUUUAACUUGCACCUCUCUGGCAGUAAAUCUCCUUUAAUGCUUUCUGUUGAAUUGCACUUGAAGUUACAUCUCUCUCGGGCAUUGCUUCUUGCUGCAGUUUUUGUGUUUAAACUGACAAUCUGUUUCUUAGCACGAUAUUUCUUUCAUGAUUGAUUUUAGUGGUUUGGAUUUAUGGAUUUUAGCAAGUUUUGUUCCUUACAUAUGUGAUUAUUUGUUUUUUAAAUUUGUAUAGGACAUCAGCCUUUUAACUUUUACAGUAUCAUAAUGACUAAUAAGGCCUAGAAAUGAUUCUCUUGAUGUCACAAUCGUUUUCAAAUAGUGUUUUGAUAAGUCUUUAAUUUUCCUUUAACUAGGAAAAUGAGCAAUUUGUUUAUCUAUGUUUAUGUUUCUAUAUAUUAAGCGGUUGUUUGCAUUAAUCUCAAGUUAAUAUUUUACUCUAUAAAGAAUUUCAAGUUAAUAUUUUACUCUAUAAAGAUUUUAUUAUAAUUUUAUGAUUUUGCGUGUGUUCAGAUGAUUUACAACACCGAAUCUAUUAUUUAUAUAUCUUGAUACAACAUAUCAUUGUGAAUGAGGAACUUGUAAUGUUAUUAUGCCUGAGAUUUUACUUUAAAUAAGAAAAGGAUUUUUGUACUCCCAUAUACUAUGUGUAAGUGAUCACAAAACAUUCAUUUGGGUCCCCUUCUCCACCACUUAUGGUGUUCACUUACUAUGAAUCUAUGAUUUUGAUGACCAUGUGCAUUCCUGACGACCUGACCUUUCUGAAUGAUCUAGCUAAGAUACGUUAAAGACCUAACACAGACUAUCAUUAGCAAAUCUCAUAGCGUUACGCCGAAUUUGUUGUUGACCAUCUCAACUUUCAAAAUCUUUAACCUCCUUAACCUUAGUUCGCCAUUUUAAGUGUUCAGUCCAAAGCUUAAUCGAUUGCUGACCCUCUUUAAAAAGAACUCUCAAUUUUUUUGCGAAGGGAAUAUAAUUCGUCUAGUAAUUACAAAAGAAGAAAGAUGUCCUGUGUGUACCUUUGCUUGCCCAUAAACUAAGAUUUAAUAAGGCAAUGAUGAACUACUAAAAGGUUGGGUCUUUCCUAAUUUCGCUUACACGUCUCGUGUGUAUUUUAUUAUUUCUGAGGAUGGAUUUUUUAGAUUGUCUUGGAGGAUCAGUGCUGUAGGCUCUACUUUGAGUAAACUGUGGUUGUUUUCUAAGGAUUUUUUAAUUAGGUCGUUUCUGAAGCAUUUUUAUACUGGCAGUUCUGUUCUGUCAUCUGGAGCCAAUGCUUUUUCAGCAAGUACUAUUUAUUGAUGAUAUGAGUAAUAUGGUAUUAUUCUACAAACGUGUCAUGUGAUAUUUUCAUCCUCUUGAGUAGAUUUGAUAUUCAUAUCUGAAAUAGGUUGCAAUAGUAAGUUGUCAGAAUAUGUGAUGAUGUUGUGGCGGCUGGCAUAGAGAAGUAACUCACCCGCUAUGCGCCGACUCUAUGCCUCCAUGUUCUUUUUCUUAUGUUGUAUUUAACUGUACCCAUCGAUGACCUUUAAGUCCCGAGAAACGUGGGGAAAGAAAUGCUUAGGGUCAUUUUGAGUGAAUCGCGAUUUCAAAAAGCGAAUUAACUAGGAAUUAUGUUAAACUGGUUCCGUCACUUGUGAUUUCAGUAUUUCCUGUUUCCUGUUUCCUUUUUGAGCUUUACCUUUACCUGUGUUGACUUCGUAAAUUUUGUUCUGUAACAACAAAUCAUAUCUUUCGUUUAUAAUUUUUUUUCCCUGUACUCAUAGAUACAGUACUAAGAGAGUUUAUUGCUGUGUACAUUUUGACAUUUGAUCAAGUUUUAUACCCUGAAUUUCUCAGCCCAUUGUACGAGAACUUUGCUAUUAUGAGUCUCCGCUCGAAAACUAGACAGCAGGAUCCAUCUGCUGAGGACAGGUUGAGCUCUCUUCCAAGCGAGGUGCUAAACAUUAUCCUCGGCAAAAUACCUUUUAAAAGUGCUGUCCAGACGUGUGUUCUGGCAAAAAAGUGGAGAAAAAGAUGGCUGGCUCUGUCUAAGUUUGAUCUGAACUCUAAGGAUCUUACUGUUGUGCCUGAUAACGAGGUAUUUAGAUGGGCUAAAGUUGCUAGCAUCACUAACGAAUUUAUUCGUCGCCAUACUGGCAGAAUCACAUCAUUCUCUCUAAGAACAGGUUUUCUCCCACAUUAUACUGAUCUCUAUAAAUGGAUAUAUAAUCUUGCAAUGCAAAAUAUUGAGUCAUUGUGUCUUCAAGAGUAUGAAAAGCACCCGUCUGAAAUCCCCAUUCAUAUGUUUUCGUUUGAGAAGUUGCUGGUUUUGAAGCUGAUAAAUUUUCGUUUACGAGCUCCUCCAAGUCUUAGAGUUUUUAAUACUUUGCUUGAACUCUCUCUCGAAAGAGUUGCAAUUAAUGAUCUUGAGUUGUACCGUCUGAUCGCUUCUUGCCCAAACCUUGAUAAAUUAUCUUUAUUGAAUAUAUCUGGGUUAGAUCGUCUAAGAAUCCAUGCACCGAAGUUGACUAAGUUAGUGAUAGACACUAGAUUUCAGGAUAUUGGAACUGGAGCCGGGUCAAUUUUGUCUUCUGUUAUCAUUGUUGGCUCUCACAGAGCACCCGGAGAAAGGGUAAUUCUAAACCAGAGAAGUGUGAUUCAUUGCUUAUCUCGUCUGAGGCUCCUCCAAACCUUACAUUUACCCGGAGAUUUUAUCGAGCUGCUGGCUGCUGAUUCCAUACUUGAAUAUUGGCCUUUACUGAACAAUACCGUGACAACCGUUGCCCUUGGCCACGUAAGAUUCGAGACCGUUUCAGUUUUCAAACUGUGCAUCUCUCUGCUAACAAAUUGCCCUAACAUCAAGCUUUUCGGCUUUUCUAUUCAAUCAUCCAAGGGUCCGGAGCUGAUAGCCAAUUUUUUAAAGGAAAACCGGGGGCGAUUCCUCUUUCGUGAGCUUAAGGCAAUCACAAUAAUAUGUCCUCGUAGAUGUGAAAUGGGUUGUUCUUUGACCUUCGUCGAAUUUCUUAGCCGUCAUUCUCCAAACCUAAAGAUUAUAAACAUUAUGAAGGAGGGAUCGAUUAAUGCCUUCAUAGUUUCCCAGAUCAUCUUGCAGUUGAAGACAACUUGUCCUUGGGCUGAAGUUCAAUAUUUUGAAGACGAGAUUAUUGAGUGUCUCUGAUCUUCAUCGAUAGCUCGUGUUAUGUCCACAAGCCAUUGCUUCGGGGAAGCUAAGCUAUUUCAAUUGUCGGGUAAUAAGAAAAACUGUUUCUUUUCUUUUUAUGCAAAUCUGAAGAGCUUCACCAUGAUAAAUGCUGAAAUUGAGACUAAUUACUUUAUGUCUGUUUUUUUCACUUGUAUUUUUUCUUUUAUGGGAAGACAUUGUGUCUAUGCUUAUUAUCUUGGAUUGAGUUUGAAUUAGUAAUUUACAAGUUCAUGAAUGGUAAUAGUUUUGUUUACCCACCUAUUUUAAACUCU